GCACUGCACACUCCCAAAGGGGCGCAACUGAACGAUACGUAUAAAACGAAUUGCACGCCAACAGUUCACCCUAGAGCCCACGAUUUCCGUCCAUCUUUACACCUAUACACACAAUGCCAGGCUUAGCGUUUGACAACUACCAAAGAAACAACUAUUUAACCACUAAGGGUUACGGCUCCCCAACAGCCACCUCCACCGGUACGACCAUUGUCGGUUGCAAGUUCAACGGUGGCGUUGUGAUCGCAGCUGAUACAAGAGCCACCUCCGGUGACAUUGUCGCUGACAAAAACUGUGAGAAACUUCAUCGUCUUGCACCUCAGAUCUGGUGUGCCGGUGCCGGUACCGCUGCCGAUACCGAAAUGGUGACGCAGCUAAUCGGCUCCAAUUUGGAGCUCCACUCGCUCCACUUGAACCGCAAGCCUCGUGUUGUCACCGCCAUGACCAUGUUGAAGCAGCACUUGUACAAGUACCAGGGCCACAUCGGUGCCUACUUGAUCGUUGCGGGUACAGAUCCUACUGGCGCCCACUUGUUUUCCAUCCACGCGCACGGUUCUACCGACGUGGGACAAUACCAGUCGCUCGGUUCUGGAUCCUUAGCCGCUAUGGCUGUGUUGGAGAGCGAAUGGAACGAGAAAUUGACCAAGGAGGAGGCCAUGAAGUUGUGUUCCGACGCCAUCGAAGCCGGUAUAUGGAACGACUUGGGCUCGGGGUCCAAUGUCGAUUUAUGUGUCAUGGAAGUGGGUCAGGACGCGGUCUUGUACAGAAACUACUUGACCCCUAACGUGAGAGAGGCCAAGACUAGAAGCUACAAGUUUGGCAGAGGUACCACUGCCGUGUUGAGGGAGAGCAUCUACAGCUUGGUUGAAGUGCAAGAGGAAAUUGUCUCGUUCAAGUCGGCAGCCGAGGCUAUUGAGGUGGAUGCGUAGAGGUUAAUAUUACAUGUUUAAAGAAUGAAUAUACGGCCGUGGUGUGCUUGUAUAAGGAAUAGGAGGGAUAUGUUAAAAGGAUAGGAUAACGUCUGGGUUAGGGCUAUUUUCUGCUUCAAAAUGCCUGAUUGGACUCCUUAAAUGAACGUAGUAUGUCUUUCCAUUCACCCCAACUCCCUGAUGUAGGUGUACGCGAGCCACCUGAAUUACUAGAUUCGCCAUUUGCAUCUGCUUCCGGAGCUAAGUAUAAAUCUUGCUUUUGUAUAGAACGAUUAUCUUUCCGCUGGCUUGCCAGAAAUCGAAUUUC